GAGCUGGAGAAGCUGGUCAAGACAGCGAACAAAAAGUCGUCGCUCCGCAACUACAUUGGCCGGUCGACGGCGUCGCAAGACUCGCUCGCAGCAGGGCUCACCGGGUGCCUCGCGCUGUGGACCUCGCAGGCCGACGCGUCUCGCGACAUGGCUGCCGCGCUCAACGUCGGGCCGAUCUUCAAGCUCGCAGAGCUCGAGGCCGAGCUGGAGAGCUCGACCAAGAGCCUGACUUCGUCGGGCCGAGUGCUGCUCAAGGAGAAGAAGGAGGUGCUUUCGGCGCUGGGCAAAUCGCGUAUGGCCUUUCUCAAAGCGUCCAAGGAAGCCGAGAUUGCCCAGAAGACGCUCGAGGCUCGCAAGGAGGACUCUGGCGCGAGACAGAAGGAGCUCGAUAAGCUGACGCGCAAGGCAAAAAGUCUAGCGAGGACGCCAACGGCAAGCAUGAGACAUAUGUCGGCGACGUCGAGUCGACCAACGACUACCUCGACGCGUUUUACUCCAAGCGCAUGCCGGUUGUCCUCCGCCAGUUCCAGGCCGACUUUGAGACGCGGACGGCGGCGACCAAGGAAGUUCUAGUGGCGCUGGCAGGCAUCGAGGCCGAGUGUGCGCGGGCGUCGGUGACUCGGGCGCAGGUGUUUGAAGCCAGUGCGCACGACAUCGACGUUGACGAGGAGCUGAUCGACUUUGUCAGGAGCCACACACCUGACACACCGACCUUCAAGCCGUUUGAGGUCAUCGAGUACAAGGCUGGCAAGCAGAGCGCACGCAAGCGGCGGCUGCCGCGCCUCCCGCACAUCGGCGGCGGAUCGUCAUCCGAGUCCAAGCCUGUCGAGCCGGAGCCGCCGGAGAACCCGCAGUUUGGCGUGCCUCUCGCGCAGCUAGCAACACCCGAGGCGCCGGUCCCGCCGGUCCUCACAACUAUGCUCCAGCUCAUGCGUGACCGCGGCGCGCUGACGACCGAAGGCGUAUUCCGCAAGCCUGGCUCCAAGACUUCAAUCGACCAGAUUCGCGACGCGCUCGAGCGCGACCAUCCGAUCCCGGACAACAUCGACAUCCACGAGCUUGCCUCGCUCCUCAAAGAGUGGUUCCGCUCGCUGCCAGAGCCUGCGGUGCCGACGGCCAACUACCACGCUGCGGUUGCUGCUGGCGAGCAAGCCGAGGCCGACCCGUCAGCCUGCCUCGCGGUCCUUGACGACAUCGAGCCGCUGCACCGGGCCUCGCUUCUCGCCCUCUUUAACCUCCUCUCCGACAUGGCCGAGCCAAGUGUGGUCGAGGUCACGCUCAUGUCGCCCAACAAUCUCGGCGUUUGCUUUGGUCCGACCCUCCUCCGCUCGCCGGCAGCCAACCCGCUGGAGGCCAUGGCCAACAUCGACGCCGAAGUCGCAUUUGUCCGUGUCUGCAUCGACCAGCUCCGCCUCCGCAAGUCUGGCGAGAGCGCAGCUGCUGACGCCGCUUCUGAUGCACCGGCCGACGAGCCCGCUUUCGAGCCCGCCCCUGGCGUGCCGGCCGAUGUUGCACCGGCCGAUGUCGGUGCCACCCUGGCCGGCCUCGACUCGACAUUCGCAUCAGAGUCGACCACGUCGGUGACCACCGACUCGGAGCUCAGCUCAGGCGAGCUGUAGCUCGUUCAACUCAUAUCGCUCUCGAGCUACUCAACAGGCGCCCGGCAGUUGGGACAGAACACGGCACGGGC